GAUAUCUAUGGUGUCUAUGAUAUACAAACAAAUGACACUGAAACUCACUUUACUGUCUCGUGAGAUGGCACUCAAUAAAUUAUCACUCAGUGUUAAUAUUACCCGUCCCCUGCUCUCUUUUUCUUCUCCUUCCCUGCAUUAUAGGUCUCCUCUGGUUCGAGCAUUUUGUCUUCUGAGCCUGGGUUUCACAAAUCUCAGCCCGUAUUUUCCAUCUACGACUGUGUACGUGCAAUCUCAGCCGUUCAUCCCUUCCCCAAGGUUGAGGUAUACAAUUCAAUCAUCUGCAAAAGGCAUUCACUCUUCUGGAAUGGAAAACAAUCCAAACACUGUGCCCAGCAUUGUUGUUUAUGUCACUGUCCCAAACAAAGAAGCAGGCAAGAAGCUGGCUGAGAGCAUCAUCAAAGAAAAACUUGCAGCAUGUGUAAAUCGUGUACCAGGUAUCGAGUCAACAUAUUGGUGGGAGGAUAAGAUUGAGAUAGAUUCAGAGGAGCUGCUUAUAAUCAAGACAAGGGAGUCACUAUUGGGAGCUUUAACAGACCAUGUGAAAAAAAAUCAUGAAUACCAGGUACCAGAAGUCAUUGCCUUGCCCAUUGUUGGGGGCAACGACCAAUACUUGGAGUGGCUCAAAAACAACACUAGAGACUGAAUGAAAGCAUUAUCAUCAUCUGAGAAUUCUAUUGAAUCAAAGCUGAGUAACAGUUGUAAACUCUAAUAUAAAACAUGUUGAGAACAAGUAUGACGUCUUUGUCAAUAAAACCACCCUCUGUGUUAGAUAACA